AUGGAUAAGAAACUGGACCUUGCUAGGCUGACGGAUGAGGAGGCGAAGCAUGUGUGGGAAGUCAUACAGAGAGACUUCGAGCUAAGGAAGAAAGAGGAGGAGCGGCUCGGGGACUUAAAGACCAAGAUUGAGAAGGAGGAAACAAAGCGGGAGCUGCUGGGAUCUCAAUCCAACCUAACUGCUUCCCACUGCAUUCACUGCCUGCAGCCCUUCAAGUUCCUGGUAAACAGCAAGCGUCAGUGUCUGGACUGCAAGUUUUAUGUCUGUAAAACCUGCAGCCGCUACAACACCAAGGAGCAUGGCUGGGUUUGUGAUCCUUGCAGAAUGUCCAGGGUCCUGAAAAUUGGAACCCUGGGCUGGUACCACGACAAUGUGCGCUCUCGUUUCAAGCGCUUUGGCAGUGCCAAGGUGAUGAGGUCACUCUACAAGAGAUUAAAUGAAGAGGGUCGCCGGGACGAUGACACGCAAAGCAUGCCUGAUGUCCGCAAUGUGCACAAUGGCCAUGAUGAUGAUCAUCUGGAUGCAACAGAAGCUCAGCGAUAUAAGCAGAUACGAAAGACUAAGCGUCUGCUUUCUGUCCACCCCAUGGAUCUUGAGAUUGAUGAAUAUGGCAGCAGUUCCCGCCGACAGUCUAUGCAGUAUUUUCAUGAUGACCGUGGACUGCUGCGGAAUGAUUUGGAAUACACUACUGACAUGAACCAUCUCCAUCAUCAACGCAUGAACCGGAGGAAAAGUCUGGACCGCUUUUCACGACCAGAUGAUGGCAUGUACCCUGAGCACAGGAUGAGGCACACUCGCUCUCUUUCAAAAAUCUCCUUACCUCCACGAGCCCACUAUCUGGACACCUCAGAGGAGGAGGAGGCAUAUCAUGCCCCUGUUUAUCAGCUGCCAACACGUCGCCGCAGCCGCGCCUCCUCCCAGGAGAACAUCCAACAGAGCUCUCUGCCGAUGAAUGAACUGAGUAAGAAAAUGUCUGCCAUUGAGAGUCUCCUGAGUCGACUGGAGGAGAAGAUGACUACACCUACUGAUCAGCCAGCCCAACCUUCAGCAAGCCUACUGGAGGAGGAAAAGCUGAAGAAAAAGCUAGAUGAGCUGAUGAGUGACAGAGCACUUUCUUCAGAUGAAGAUGAGUCCAAGAAACUGUUCCAGACCAAGGGUUCAGGUGUAAAGGGCACUCAGCGAAGUGAAUCAGUAUUAGCAGUACAGGAAGCAGCACUAAGCUCCUCUAGUGACGAGAUGACCACUGAUGCACAAAAGGUGUAUCUGACAGCAGGGAAGUCUUUUAACAUGGAACAGAAGUUGAUGCAAAUUGAACAACGUGCUAAGAACCAUUACGUCAGUCAUUUCACUGAUUCUGACAUUUCUGAACUGGAGGACCAGCUUGCAGUGGCUGCUGCCAAAGUUCAGAGCACAGAAAGUGAGGUGUCAGAUAUAGAAAACAAGAUUGCUGCUCUCACUGCUUCUGGACUGUCAAUAGAUAAGGCAAAGAAAAAGGCAGCAAUCAUACAACAGCAAAGAAGAAAAAUGUCCCAAGACAUCCCUGCAAAUAGAAAACAUUUCUAAACAUGAGAAGUAUGUUUUUUUCAGUUUACCAAUAAUGAGUU